AACAAGGAAGUGCACCUGUAGCAGUUCUGACUUCAUGCUCUUCCCCCAUUAGCGGCGGUCCGGAAGGGCUCGGUGUUUCCUGGAAGACUCUCGGCUCGAUCCGGGACUGUGGCAGAGUGAGGAGGCUCCGCUCCUCCGCCCUGCUCUCUCUUCUCCUGUCUUCUCCUUCUCCAGAGGUGUUGUGAAGGCGCGUGAUGGCAGACGCCGAGGAGGACGCUGCGGCGCGCGAGGACGAGCAGCAACAGGUGAGCCCCUCCGCCGAGGCUCCUCCGGACCCCCCGGACCCACAACCCACCGCGGAGGCUCCUCCGGACCCCCCGGACCCACAACCCACCGCGGAGGCUCCUCCGGACCCCCCGGACCCACAACCCACCGCGGAGGCUCCUCCGGACCCACAACCCGCGGCGGGCCGGCCGGAGGACGCGGAGCGGCGGCCGGAGGAGGGCGGAGAGGCCGGCUCCCUGCGCGUGGACGUCCCCGUGGAGAUGAACGUGGGACACUUCAAAACGAGGAAGUUCUUCGUGCUGCGGCCUGGCACUCUGAAUCAGGCCAUCAAAGACAUUCAGGCUCUGGUGAAUGAGGAGGUAGACGGCGGCGUUCGCAGCAUUUGGCUCAUGGCAGAGGUGGAUCACUGGAACAAUGAGAAGGAGCGCCUCGUGAUGAUCACCGACAACACCCUCCUGGUCUUCAAGUACGACUUCAUCAUGCUCCGGUGCGACCAGAUCCAGAGGAUCCAGCUGAACUACGUGGACCGCAUCUCUUACGGCGGCUUCACUUUCCCCAAGCCGUCGCUGCUGCAGAGAGACGGGGAGGGGCUGCGAGUCUUCUGGGACCGGAUGAGAGAGCCGUCCUUCACCUCCAGGUGGAACCCGUUCGCCACGGACUUCCCCUUCAUCACCUUCACCCACCACCCUGUGAGGCACGUCAGCGACAGCCUCACGGCCCUCUGCGAUAUCCAUAACUUUCGGGAGCAGCUCAGGGAUGCAGCGCAGAAAGACCACGCCUUGAGGCCCGUUCCUGGGAAAGCCAACGGAGUCCUGGUCCUGAACCAGCCCAUCCACAUCGACGCCUAUGUGGGCGUCAUGUCCUUCCUUGGAAACCAAAACAAACUGGGAUACAGCAUGGCCCGAGGAAGCAUCGGCUUCUGAAGCUCUGCACUGUCUUAGGUUCUAGUUUUUGUUGUUAUUCUUUUCUGUUUGCUCAGUUUUAAGUCUUGAAUUCAAGCCCGUUGACUUGAAGCUACUUUGAAUUCCACAACGAUUGACCAAAAUUUAUUCCGCGUUCAGGUUUGCGUUUGUUCGCCGUGUUUCUGGGGAUGUUCUCUGUGAGCAUUAAACAGCUGUGUGAUCGCCCCCCCUCUGCUUAUUACCAGAGCGUGCUGUGUGAGCACUCAGAAAUAUCCACAUUUCAACACUGCUCUUCUCGGGAUGACGGAUCCCCGCUGCUCUCAAGGAGCUUUGUAUUUGCUCCUCAGUGAUAUGGUAAUUCAACUCUUUCGCAAUGGGACGCCUUUCUUCCUCCCCCGUGUGUGUCUGUUAAAAGCUCAUUCCUGUGCCAUUCAGCCCCUUAGAGAUUCACUGGAGCAUGGGGGCACAUUUGUCAGCUUAGUUUUAUCAUUUGUAGUGUAUUUUUACAGUGCAUACAGUGCAGGAAUUUCCCCUCGAUUUGUGUGCUCCCUUCCUUGUUUGGUAUCAUGUGUCUCCCUAUAACAGACAUAAGAACGCCGCCUCCUCAGAGCUAUAAAACAUGCUGAAUUUCCAUGCCCUUGCUUCAUCACAGAAAUACCUUCGCUUCUUUUAAUGCCAGGUUAGUUUUGGUGGAUUUGGCAACCGCCUGAAUUCACGAACGAUAGGAGGGAGGGAUUGUGAGAUUGGCUAAAAGGCUAACGUGAACAGAAAGUGUAACGUGGCGGCUGGAGAGGUAAACAGGGAAGCUUCGCUGCAGAGCCAAACUCACUAUUUUCCAGUCCGUCUGUAUCUUCAAGUUACUGACCAAAACAAAACUGGACAACAAAUGGGUUUCAUUUGAAGAAUGACGAGCCUUACUCCUUAAAGGAGGGGUGAGAAGAGUUGCGCUGCACCUCCACCACAAAAAGAGGCCAUUCCGGCGUUCUGGACGCCUUCUGAACACCUUCCAGUGCAGAGAGAACAAGAAGUUCAUCCACACAGCAAUGCUUUCAAGUGCUUUAGUUGUGUUUUUAGUGUCCGAGUACAAGACAACGGCGCACAGACACUGAAAAUGACACACAAGGUGGAACUUUAUAAGACUCUGUCUCAGUCUCCAUGUAAAUGGGGGAAAACGUAACUCUUUGAAAACUGUCAGGCGCCAGAUGUUACUGCUACUAGCUGCCAGAGGAAAUGCUUCUUAUGCACAAGUAUGAGUCAACGGACAGUAAGAAUGUUUUCCUCCAGAGAGUCGCGGCUCCAAAGAUACAAAUUGUGUCUCCCGGAUGAUGAAGGAUCGGCUUGAGACCCCCUGAGACGGCCAGAAUCGAGCCUGUGGAAAGUACAGUUAAGCAUGCUUUCGCUCGGUGACAAAAGAAAACAGCAUGUCUGGAUUGUUACCACAGAAAACGUUCAGUUAGCAGCUGCCCUCUUUCCCCCAACUCAGAAAGACUUUAUAUAACUAUGCAACGUAUCACCAAACAAACUUAAAUAGAUGUAAAGCAACAUAGCUGCAGUUAGAUUUGGUGCUUCACGAUACUUGCAGUUAAACUGAGGAAGUGGGGCUGAAAUGUCAAUUAUUAUCAUGGUUCAUAAAUUCAGUUUUCAUGGUUUGCAAAAAUGGUGAGUGACAGUUUCAUUGACUGCUGUAUCAUUGAUCGCGUGUCUCAGUUGAAUCUUGGGGAUGUCUGGUAUUUUAGCACAGUUUACUGGGAUAUUACAGUCCCCUGUGAAUGAAACAGAAAAUAAAUCAACUUGAAAAUUUAAGCCAAUGUUUUGUAAUUUUUCAGUUCUGUCUCAUGGGCCAUAAUGGAUCAAUGUUUAUAACCUCGAAACUUUCCAGGACUGAUGCUGCCUUCCUGAUGUCUAAGCUGUCCAAAGGCAAAAAUGAGUGUGGUUACUUGGAUGCUUUAAAUUCGGAAUUGGUUUAUUCUGAAUUAAGCAAUUCUGAAUUACAUUCAUGCGUUUGGUGUUACCAUGGUAAAAAUGAAGGAUUAAAUCCUCCUUAAUGCUGGGGGCUGCAAAGCGUUCUGAUUGGACGGUGUGACUGCGGCCUAGUGACAUCUACCAGAAGUAA